AUGCACCUAGUACUCCCGGACCGGGCACCACCAGUACGGGCGGCCAGACUUGUGAAGAAGAUUGUGCGCAUCUUUGGGGGAGUGAAGGGGUUCGUAACACAACCUCGGACUGAUGUGGACCCGAAGACCAAUGCGCGGAUUUACAGCGACCCGGAGACGGCCAAAUGGCUCGAAGAGGCUCAGAAUGAGGUGGACGACCCAUCAGCAUGGGUGCUCGGCAUCAUUGUCUACAGCGACGACACGAACGCAACGCGCAACGGGCGCCGUCAGGCAUGGCCCUUCCUCCUUACGCUGGUGAACGUACCGGAGGAGCUGCGAAAGACAGAACCAGGCCAUGCUCUGGCUGGCGUGCUGCCUUUCCCUCCGGAGUGGGCUACCUCUACAGAGAAGGCCCGAGUGUUUCAGGAGGCGAUUCGGAUCAUACUGGCGCCGCUCAUGCGGGAAUCCUCGACUGCUCCACUGAGAGUCUUUUACGUCACCGACGCCAAGGGAGAGCCGGUGAAGGCAGUGCCAUGUUUUUUUGGUUACCCCGGGGACUUCAUCGAACAUUGCAGAGCUACGGCGACGCUGCAAACGGGGACGAAGCGGCCCUGCUGCAACUGCUACGUCCCGGAAGAGCUUCUUCGAGACCUCGAGCAUGUGGCCACACCUCGGACAGUGGAGUCGGAGAUGCACGUGCUACGCAACAUGCUUGCGUGCAAGACCUUGACAGCUGCGGAGGAUAUUCAGACCGAGUGGCGCAAGAAGACAACCAAGGGAGAGACCCCGAGUGUCAUCUUGCGACUCCCUGGAGGCAGCUCCUACUUCAUGAGCGGCGCGAACUAUGCCGCCUUUGAACACCGCAGCAUGAUGCAGGUCAUGCCCAUCCUGGUGGCGGACAAGUCAGCCCUGCGUUCGGGAAAGGAAGGCGAGUUGGCCGCACUGCGCGUGCGUGCCUUCCGGAUGUACGCCACCUUCUACAAGGCAUUUCUGGGGGUCAGCGCACACACGGAGGCCACGCUCGCAACCGCACGGGCCCACGCCAUCAAGUUGGUGGAGAUCCUGCCACAGGCAUACCCGGACCACGCAUCGCAUUGGCGCUUUCCCAAGAUCCACCUGAUUGUCCACUUGCUGGACAAUGUGAUCUGGCGCGGCAUGCCGCACCACUACAGCACGGAGAUGUGGGAGCAUACCCACAAGGGGAUGGUCAAGAACCCCGUCAGGGGCGGCAACUGGAAGGACAUCUCCAGACGCAUCGUGGAGGAGGAGGUGCAGAGGGAGAUCUGCAGGGAGGUGGCACAGGACGCGGAUGGUGGGCGACAGUAUGCGACAGCGCUGCGCGAGGCUGUGGAGAUGAUGAAACCCGUGCUCACGAGGAAGGGUCGCACAAUGCGGCCGGCGGAGGAGGGCGACGCUGUGAUGGGAACCUACCGCACGGCACUGGGCCACCUCAUGGAUGCGCUGCCGGGGAGCAUGGUGGCUGCAUCCAUCACGGCAUCCGCGGUCGUGGCCCAUACCGCGGUGGCGAUUCCACGCACCAAAAGAGGAGCUCUGGUCUCCAAGGGCGCGUUCGUCAAGGCAAGCCCCAAAGAGAAGUGGUUCACGGACUUUGCAGUGAAGUCUCCCAAGAAGGAGGAGUGGUAUGCCAAGGCGCUGUGCAUCUUCAAGGCUGAGACCGCAGAGGGCGACCGGAAGGGGUUUGUGUACGUGCGGUGGUAUGAGAGGGCAGGCAUUUGCCCUCUCACCACCUGCGUGCAGCUGACCCCGUCGCGCAAGGAUACAAGGCACGCAGUGAUUGCUGUGGAGAGCAUUGAGCGCGUUGCCCCGCCCGAAAAGGUGUUCACUUUCACGGAGUUUCCGCUAAUCCCCACACGGGUGCCUCUAGGGACUUUUAUCGAUUGGCGCGCGCAGCUUUCGCGGGAGUGGCACAUGCCCGUAUGCUUCAUGUACAACGCGACUGGAUGUGUCACGAAACCGCCGAUCGUGGUUCUACGAAGGGAUGACAAGAGGCCCGUACAUGCGGGGCGCAAGAAGGAGCACGACGUGAAAGUGCGCUACGCGAGGAAAGGGCGUUUUUCUUGCGAGUGGCAUUUCGGUGGUCGUUUCAUCUCCGUCAUGCGGGAAGCCAUGACAUCCGUUGAGUUGCCCGCGCAGUUGUUCACGGAGUACAUGGAGGAGUUCAAUGGGGAAUUGCACGCCAAGAACGAGAGGGCGGUGGUACUGGUGCACAACCCGUUGCACACACUCACCGGGUGUGUGAAAGAAACCAGCACGGUGGAGGGGUUUGUCGUGGAGGAGCUUACACGCGUGAAGGCAGUGUUCCGGACGUGGUUCAUGCGGUCGGCCGUGACGAGCACGGAGUGGACACGUGAUGGCGUGUUCCCUAGGCCGCCGCUGCAUGAUGUCCUGUACAAGCUGUUCAUGGCGGGCAAGUUGACGAUGCCCGGGACAAUCCAGUGGAGCUGGUGGCGGGCUGGCACCGUGCCGAAGGGUAGGCUGUCGCGGAUGGACCGCCUGAAGGGGAAAGCUGCGGCCGGCAUGUUUGACAUGAUGGUGGUGGACUUGACGUGCCUGCAGCUAGUGAUCGAGGAGUUCAAAAGCAAGUGCAGCAGCGGGGCGUUUAUGACGGCGUGGGACUUCGUGGGGUGCGACGAAUUUCUACUUGAGAAGUGGGCGCCUGAGGGGGCCGAGGAGGAAGGCUCAGAGGAUGAGAUUCCGGCCUUUUUUUGCAUCCCGGAGGGCCCGCUCAUGCGCGACAGCCGCAGCUGUCGCCGGGUGGGCCGCAUGGUUCACGGUGGUUUCGUGAAGCGUGCGGAGGCCUUGGGUAUUCAGCCGAAGGACGUGCCAGAGGAGGCCGGCGUGGUGAAUGAGGAGGUUGCGAGCCGCCUUCGACGCACACCUACUAAGCGCAUCCGGGUGUGCAGCUCCAGUGAUGAGGGGCUCACGUCUUCCGCGUCGGAUGAGGGAGGCCACAUCCCGAAGGCGGGUGUGUUGUUCCCAUUGGAGGAUGACAAGGAGAGCGUCGUACGCAUGGUGUAA